AGGCCUGGGGGUCGGGCGAUAGUUCGGGGCCGCCUACGCCGCCGACAAGACCGAGUUCGACACCCGACCUGGACAAGACGCCGGAGAACUCGACGCCGAACUCGACCUCGUCGCCCGAUCUGGACGAGACGCUGCAGAACUCGCGUCGGCGCUCGCAGAGUGCGGCUCGAGCUGCCGGCGCCGCUCUUGGGCUCGACACCGAGUUCGACACCCAGCUGGAGGGGGCACUGCAGCACGGCUGGAGAAGGACGACCAGCUGGAGGGUGGAGCAGGGCCGCUGGCAGCCGCACAUAUUCCGCAUGAGCACCUGCGAGGCCGAGGCUGGGGCCGUCGGGGAACAGUCGCCGAGCGGGGACGGUGCCGCCGAGAGGCAGCACUCGCUGUACGAGGAGCCCAUCGGCGAGGUCCCGCCACCCACGCCGCGCAUGUUCCGCAUCAGCACCUGCGAGGCCGAGACCAGGGCUUCCGUGGAGCGGCCGCUCGACGGGGACGGAGACGCCGAGAGGCAGCAUUCGCUGUUCGGGUAGCCCAUCAGCGAGGUCCCGCCGCCCACGCCGCGCAUGCUCCGCGUCCCGAGGCCGAGGCCAGGGCGUCCGUGUUUCCGUGGAGCGGCCGCUCGACGGGGACGGGGGCGCCGAGAGACCGCGCUCGCCGCUCGGGCAGCAUGGCGCCGCAGCCGCUCCCCUGGGCCUCUCGCUGGCCCUGGACGUUGCAUCUUCGGGGAGGUAUCGCCUCGCCCCCCAAGUUGCCGCAUUGUCGUGUGCCCGGCGCGGGCUCGAUGCGGACGCGACGCAUGGGGAGGAGGGAGGAGGCACCCACUGCUCGCUUCUCGUGCGCGGCCGAGCCAAUCGCACUGCAGCUCCGCGGGUCGCCUGCCCUCCUCCCGCUUCCUCCCUCCUCACCUCAAUCAUCCUCCUGCUUCUCUUCCUCACCUGGCGGCGGCCCACUCAGCAUCAGCUGCUGCCUGUCUUCGCCUGUUUGCUUGCACAUUUUCCCAGGCGGACCGAUGCCCAGCACACAGUCAAGACACGCAACAGCUUCCGCCCGUCUCCUCUGUCGCGCUGAGCGGGAGAGGCCUCUCCCUCGCUCGGAGCCCCGCCGCCGUGUCGUGUGCUUUCGCGCGGGGGCGUGUACAGCUUAGGCGAUGCUUAAGAAAACUUGAAUUUUCGGCCAGGGUCUCGAUUCUUCUUAAUGUUUCAAUCCAUUUCGCGUGGUGUAUAGAACUACUUGUGCUUUCGUGCCCCACAGGGACCUUCCAGCACCAAAGCCAGUGCCCGAGCCCCCAUGACGGUUGGCUUCCCCCAGGAUGUGCUCCUUCUCAGGCGUGGGACCUGCGUGAGGUCCCGAUUUUCGAGUUCGGCGAAGGCCC